AUGAUUAAUAUUCACGUAAUGGUCAUUUUGUUGCUGAGCUUCAAGCAGAGUUUUGGACUUGAAGUAAACAUAACAAAAAAAAUCCCCAACUCGGAAGGUACACUCUAUAGUGUACAUUUUGAAAGACAGUUACAGUUCACGAUUCCCGAUAAAUGUGCCAAGCUCGAUUUUUGUGAGGUUAUUCCCGAUUUUCCGGAUGAUGAAAUUUCAAAAUUAAUAGAUUUACUGAUUGCUGAUAAUAUCCAUUUCAAUCAAGAUCGUGAAAGUAUAUUUGACGGACAAGACGAUCAAGAAAUUAAUCUGUGCCGUUCGAAAUCAACUUUUCUCCAACCGAAGGCAGUGAAGGUUGAUGAUGAAUGGCAUCUAGUCUUAAACUCUAAAAACAACAUGGUCCAAUCGUUUAAAGGAGAAAAAUGUAUGGACGGACUAAAAGCUCCUUGCUCAGAGUUGGUAAACUUCAAUAGAGGCUUUAAGGGACACUGUGUCCAAAAGUAUAUGGAACGACGUGUAAUUGUGCUUAGUACAAACUAUGAAGAAGUCAUCGCGUUGCCUCAAUCAUUACCAAGUUGCUGUUCCUGCAUGGCUUUCUUAGAAUGA